AUGACUACCAAGAUAGCAAAAGUGGGAAAUCUUGCUUUGCAUGUAUUUAGAUCAAAUUUUUUGCGCGUAGCCACAGUAACAGAAGAUCCUGAGACUCUAAGACAUCUUCUUGUCUCUAUUUCCUCCCUUACCCUCCAUGAUGUCGGUCUAGAAUCACCUUUCUCUCUUCCACCUUCCCAUCAAGUUAAUGCUCCAGUUGUUUACAUGCACAUAACAGAGAAUGAAGUCUUCUCUAUGGGUAUGUUUAUCCUCCGCCCGGGAUCUCGCAUUCCCCUACAUGGUCAUCCUGGGAUGUUCGGUGUUAUUCGGGUGAUGCAGGGUUCGAUGCGUUGUCGUUCUUUUACACCUCUCUCACGAGACCCCGAUAUGCUCCCAAUACCCGAAGCUAGCAAUUUCGGAGGCACUACAACCGCUAUGUGGCGUCGAGCGCUAGCUUCUCCAGAUCUUACAAUUGCUGAACCAUAUGCAGACAAACUCCUUGCUGCUGCGGAUGAUUCACCCUGUCUUCUCACUCCACGCUUGGGAAAUUUACACGAGCUCACUGCGGUUGAUGGAACCGUUGUCUUCCUUGAUAUUCUCUCACCUCCUUAUGAUCAUGACCUUGGCACUAGGGAGUGUCUCUUCUAUCGUGAAGUGGAUUUACCUAACUCAAAUGCGACUGACCAUCAAACGCUUCCCCGAGGGACUCCUAGGGUCUAUCUAACAGAGAUUAACCAGCCUCGUGAUUAUUGGUGCGAACUCCUUCCCUACCGCGGUCCACCCAUUUCUUAA